UCUUUCGAACACCGCUCUGCACAACGUGCCGCAAUCAUGGCCGACUCUCUCGUUCUAUUGACUGGUGCUACCGGCUUCAUUGGCUUUCGUAUCUUGAUUGAGCUGCUCCGUCAAGGAUACAGCGUGCGAGCUGUGAUCCGCAGUGCUGGCAAGGGACAAUGGCUUGAGUCGCGGCUGACUGCUGUGAUGAAAGGCUCGGACUACAAGGACAGGUUCGAAACUACCACUGUGGCGGAUUUCGUGACAGAUGGAGCUUUCGAUCAAGCAGCUGAGAACACGUCUUACAUUAUCCACGUGGCCAGCCCGAUAGUCAGCUCGGACAACCCAGACGACUGGGAACACGACUUCAAACGUGUUGCUGUGAAAGGUAGUAUUGGGGUCCUGGAGGCAGCCAAACGAAGCGGAACUGUGCGACGAGUCGUCAUCACAUCUAGCAUGGUUGGACUUUUCUCGCCGAAAGCUCUUUUUGCUGAGCCAUCUGAGGUGCCUCUGAAUGCAGAAUCGCGCAUUCCGGAAAUGGAGCCUCCUUAUGCGCACAAAAUGCUGGCAUACCAAGCUGGGAAGAUCGCAAGCAUCAACAGCGCGGAAGCUUGGAUCAAGAACGAGAAACCGGCGUUCGAUCUUGUUCACAUGCACCCGUCCUUCGUGACUGGUCGGGAUGACCUAGCGACGACACGCGAGGAUCUGCGGAAAUUCUCGUCGAAUUGGCAUUCGAUGCAGAUUGUACUCGGCCACAAGAAUCCUAUCGGCAAGCCAAUCCUGACAUGUCACAACGAUGAUGUCGCUCGCUGUCAUGUAUUGGCGCUGGAUCCCAAGGUCACGGGCAAUCAGAGUUUCCUUAUUUCGUGCAGUCCGGAGGAUGGAUCGGAAUGGGAUGAUGUGAAGAAGUUCGUGCAGAGGGAGUUUCCUGAAGCGGUUGCGCAGGGCGUGUUGCCCAAUGACGGUCACAUGCCGACUGUCAAUAAAGGCGUCAGAUUCGACGUGCGGAAAACUGAGGAGACCUUUGGCUUCAAGCACAUUCCCUAUGAGGCACAAGUCCUUGAUGUGGUCAAGCAGUACUUGGAGUUGCCGGAGAAGGAUGAAGGGGUGGAGAUCUCGACGACGGCGUAG